GGAGGUGGAGGGGAGAGAGGGCGGAGUUUUUUUUCCGCCAUUUUUGAAAUUAGUUUGAAGCGGGUCCCGGGCUCCAGCCAUCAGCGCGGGAGCGGGAGAGAGAGAGGCGGCAGCAGCAGGGAGGAUCGGCCUCCCUCAUGGAGUUUCAAGGAUCAGAGCCAAUGGCCUUGGGAUCACCUUCAUCUCCUAAGCCUGGGGCGGGUGCCCAGUUUUUGCCUGGUUUCCUCAUGGGGGAUUUACCAGCUCCGGUUACUCCUCAGCCACGCACCUUUGGUGGAACGUGUGCUGGUAUAAUGGACUUGCGAUCUCCUCUCGGAGGAGGCACACCUCCCCAGCCAGUUGUACCCAGUUGUACACCUAAAGAUAAAAGUGGUGCUCCACCGGUUCGUAGUUUGUAUGAUGAUUUGGGAACUGCAGGAGGUGGACUCACACCCUUAUCUUCGCGUAAACUGGCCAACAUUUCAAAUAUACAAACGCCUCCUUCUGUAAAUAGUCAGUUAACACCUGGAUCAUGUCCAGUAUUUAGUCCAGCUACUAUUGGACAGCAUAGGAAGGCCACUCUUUCUCCCGCACAAGCUGAUCCUUUCUACACUCAGGGGGAGUCUCUCACCUCAAACGAUUACCUAGAUGAUACCUGGAUUACAGUCUUUGGGUUUCCUCCAGCAUCCGCUUCUUACAUCCUCUUACAGUUUGCACAAUAUGGAAAUAUACUGAAGCACGUGAUGUCAAACAAUGGGAACUGGAUGCAUAUUCAAUAUCAGUCUAAACUCCAAGCCAGGAAAGCACUAAGUAAAGAUGGCAAGAUUUUUGGAGAAGCCAUCAUGGUUGGAGUUAAGCCAUGCAUCGAAAAGGGUGUCAUGGACGGCUGCAACAGAAACCCUGUCUCUACUUCAUCAGUCUUCACUCCUCCCAUAAAAACAGUGUGCACGCCUACAAAGUCCACAAGCACACCAAAAACACCUGCAAUGAGACCCCUGGCAGCUGCAUACAAAGUUUCCAGCAGCGACUACCAGGUGAUUGCAGAUAGACAGACACCUAAAAAGGAUGACAGCCUAGUUUCCAAAGCCAUGGAGUACAUGUUUGGCUGGUAGUGCUUCCGUUAAGAAACCUGGAAUAGAGAUUUGUUCGAAAUUGAAUGACUGUCACUGAUCAUUAAUCGUGGCGUACGGUUUCCAAUCACUGCUGCAUUUUGAAGUGCAAUUGCACACACUACCUUUAUAAUUAACAGCAAAGGCUGUACGACUAAUACAGUUUGGUUAGUUGUAUAACCACUGUUACUAUGAUGUGGAUUUGCAUUUGUCAACAGUUGUUUUCUAACCAGAUAAAUAGUUUGCACUUUAUGGUUUUUCACGCAGAGAUUUACAGGAAGUGUAAUUUCAAGGGUUCUUUUUCAUAUAAAGCAGGAAGCCAAGUGUCAAAAUCGUUGCCUUUUUAAGUUUUGUGGACACCAUUCUAUCGUCCGGAAACAUUACUGAAUUCUUCCUUUUUGUCUUUGAAAAAAAAUCGUGUUCUUUGUCUCCUUUUCUGAACUGAAACUUGUUCCUGCCGGUUUAAGUUGUAAUUUUUAAAAAAUACUUUUUUAUAUCAAUUAAAAAGAACAUUGUACAGGUAUGAAAAAUCUGAGACCAUUUCAUAGCAAUGUUUGUCUGCAACAACUGUGUAGCAACUGAAAUUGCAUUUAGUUCAACUUGGUCUAAUUUUGGUGACCUCACUUGCAUGUUUUGCUAAUGAAUUUUGCUGCUGAGAAAUAUUGCAAUAUUUCAAAACGUGAAGCUAUGAGGUGAAGUUUCGUUAUUUAUGUUCCAAAAACUUAUGAAAUGAAUGACCUAUUUCCUUAUAGGAGUAGCGAUUUUCUGACCCUUUAUAAAUUCAGCAAUUGUAUAAAUUUGUAUAAAAUAACUUGGUCAUUGACUCUAGUUUCUCUUCAUAUUAUUAUUAAGUUUAUCUCCUAAAAAAAUCUUAUCUGAUCACAUGGUAACCAAAAGAAAGUAAGUCAAUGUUUUCUGAUAAGCUUAAAUACUUUGACGUAUUUCCCAUUUACUAAUAUUUAUAUCACACUUGGGAGACAAUCCUAUUCACCAAAACCCAGGAAGAGUAUUGGUAGGUUCUGCUAUUUGAAUGUUUAAAAAAAAGUCUGCUCAGUUUCUGUCAGAAGAACAAGUAUUGGUAGUUUUGGUACUAAAAAGGUUUGACUUUUGAGAUGAUAACGCGGUAUUAGUUUUGAAAUUUCCACUGGGGCUUGAAUGCUCAAGUAACAGCAGUGGAGAUUACACCCCCGGAUACACUACUUUGGCUUAACUCAGACAAGCAACCCUCUGAUAUCUACAGGCCAGCAACUUAGAGAGGUCCACAUCUUCACAUCCUCUGUGCUAAGUGAAUGUCUUGUUUCUGGUUGGAAGGAAAACUGAACUUGCCCAAUCCAUUCUUAACUUUGCCUUACUUCACGAUCUGUUCAUUUUAACCAAGCAUAAGUGACUUCUUCAUUUUCUGUCAAUUAAAAGGAAAAACUUUGAAUACAGGGGAUCUGAAGUAGACCCUUGGUUAAUGGACGAUUAUUGAUUCAACGUGUACUUGUCAGCACUUUUUAAAAUCUUCAAUUUUGUAUUGUGCAUCGGUAAUUCAGAUCUGGAUAAAUUAAAGUUAAGAUAUGAUUGA